GGGGGAGGAGGGGGAAAAGGCCUUUUGAGAUCAGGUCGAGCAUGCAGCAUUCUUAAAAGAUGGAUUUUUCUCACUACUAUCCUGCAAAUGUAGAAGUACAGGAGUAAGACAGAGGCUGUCCUGUUAGGCUGCUGUUGGCUCUGCCUGCUACUGAAAGAUCAUGCUUUUGACAAAAGGAAGACUUAAAAUAAAGCAAUAUUUGUGAGGCGAGAGAUACCUCCUGGUCUACACUCAGGAGUGUUAGGAAUGGAUUUCAUAAGGUGUAUUGAAGUUUGAAAUGUGACCUUUGAUUAGUUAUAUUAUUUCCAACUGGCACAGUAAACAUGGACAGUGACUCAUGGUGUAGAAGCUUGUAUGUGCGGCAUGAGUAAGGUCAGAUUAGCUGGGGCAGGCUUUCAGUUUAUUUGGUGUAGCUUGGCUCUGUGUAAAUGUGUGAAACUUCCAAUCUUACAGAUACUGCAGUGGGAGGUGGGUUUCUUUAGAGUGUAGGACUUCUGAAGGUAGGCAGAAAAAAGAAAUACAAAUGCAAUUUCUUUUUUCAGGCAGCAGUUUCUCUGAUUCUAAUGAACAACAGAAGUAAAUAAAAGGAUGGACUGACAAAAUAAAUUGGAAGCUAAUUUUGUAGAGCAGAAAGCCUGGGAAAAUUGAAAUUCUAAACUGUAUGCAGCUUCUAGCUAUAAUAAUUCACUGCAUAUAAUACAUUAACGUAGGCUUACUGAUUUCAUUUCCUUUAAAAAAAAAAAAGCAAAGCAAAAACCCCUUCUUCAUAUUCUGAAAAGUAAUAUAUUAGCAUGAUGAACCCUUUUCUCCUUUUUCUUUUUUUCUAAAACAAAAUAAAAAAAAAAAACCUCUGAAAUGUUUGACAUAGAACUGUGUUUUUUAGAAGUAUCAUGCUCUAUGAAGUAGUGGUAAACAGAACAGGCAUAGCAGACGUCUAACCUAAGACACUUGAGGUGGGUGGUUUUUUGUUGGUUUUUUUUUUUCAGUCAGGUAUUUGUUUUACAGGGAAAGUUUAGCUUCAGGUCAACUGAAACAAUCUGACAGUGUUUUUCUUCACUUCAGGAAUGAAGUGUGGUUAAGCACAUGAGUAUUAGUGUGUAGAUGCUAAGGAGGAGCUGGCUGGGGACAGUGAAACCAUUUAUGGCUGGCGGGUGUUCCUAUACUUUGAAACAGCUGUGCAGUCCUUCCCACAUCUCCACUGCCCUCCUGUUUACUAAAGAGCUAUAAGCUCUUUCCUUUCCCCGGGUCUUUGUUUGGCACAUACAGCCCCAUGAACUCAUAGGUAUAUCAUAUGGCUGGCCAUUGCUCCACAGAGCUCGGAAUCCUGCCCAGUAGUGCCCAGCAAGUCUGCUCUACUGUGACUAUACUUGGUGGUUUCAAAGCAGGAAUGAGGUCCAGGUUCAGAAGGUGACUGUGAAAUCUGCCAUGGCAUUCACAAACCUAUCUCCAAGAUUCGGGCUGAUGGUUGGAACAGUCUUCAGGCGAUUUUUCUGUUUCUUGUUAGCUGUACCUUGACUCUGUGUUCACUGGGGAAGGGGUGAGCUUUGGAUGAGAUGCUCACUAAUGCAGAUGUGACACAAAGCUCAGAUGCCCAUCUCUCUAAACCAAGGCUGAGUGGGCACUGGGAUUCCUAGUGAGCCUUGCAGUAAGAUGGGAGUGUUGGUCUCAGUGCUAUUCAGCCUACACACUCUCUUUUCUCUCAGUGCUGCACUGUAAUUAGUGGAAAAUUGAUGAAUUUAAUUCCUGUACACCUACUAACAGGUGGAAACUCGCUUUUGGUCUAAUGUGGGCUUUGUGCAUACUUAACAUAUAAAUGCCUCGUGUUUUCUGCUUUCCUUCUUACAUUUCAGGACGUGUUUGUCUUUUGUUGUGUUGGGUUUUUUUUAAUCUUAAAUUUAUUUAAGCAUGUCAUAAUCUUUGAAUUCACAAACAUCCUUAGUAUAAAUAUAGAAAAUAUGUAUAUUUUCCUCACUCAAUUUUGCAAGCACAUCAGACUGUUCUUAGUAACAACUGAUUGUCUACUUCACAUUAGAAGUAAAAGUUGAUGCAUCGCUGCCUACAGUGGGAAAGGCUGGAGAAGAUGCAAUAAGCUUACACUCCGUUAAAAGGCAAUCACAGUUUUUCACAAUCUUACACAAUUCAAGUCUUCCAGUGCUCAUUUACAGGUAUUCCUAGACCUGUAGAUGAUUAUUGUUAAUGAACUUCUUCUAAGUUGUCCAGAUUUUCCUUAAAACACAGUAUCUAGAACAAGGCACGACUUCUGUUGAGGUAUAGCUGUUUUGAUGAAUGAGGGAGUUGUUUCACACACAUUUUUGUCAGCUAUUCGUUGUCCAAGUCAGUGAUACAGGAGAGGAACUUCUAUCUGGAAGAAAAGAGAGGAAAAAAGGUCAAUCUUUUCUGAAAAGGCAGUGAGACAAAAUUGCUGCGAUUCACACUGCACUAAGACAAACAAGUAAUUGCUCAUGUUCAACAGCGAAGCAUGUUCAUAUAACAUGAAUAGGAUGGAUGUGUUGUAUGAUGAAUCUAGACACAGCAAAUAAAUUCCAGCUUGAAAAAUAAGAUACCACAUGAGACAGUGUGUGCAGGAAGAAUGUUAAUGUUUAGAAAACUGAAGGAAAUGGUGGAAAGGAGGGUGUAGAAAUGAAGAAUAGAUAUUUCCCUUUGUUACCAGGAUUGAUUGGCUGACUUUUUUUUUUUUUUUUUUUUUGUCUUUAAACCGUAAUAGCCUUCCCUUAUUGUCAAAAUGAUAAUAUAUAUAAAGCACUUCCUGUAAUAUUUCUCUUCAAAAUGACUAUUCAUCAGUCCCGGAGUCAGAUGUUCAUAUUUCAAGUCACAAUUUAGUUUAGCAAGUUUAUACUUCAGAGUAAUCAGUCAUCUUUAGCAUUUGUGUUUUUAAUACAAAUCUCAACUACAGAAGCACACAGCUCUCUUAAACAGGGAAAGAUUGGGUAAUCCUGAUAGUACUUCUCAUCUUCUGGCAAAGAAACAAAUUAUUACAUUCCCAAGGAGAAAAAAAAGUAUUUUUCCCAGUCCAGCUGUUCAGAUCAUGAAAAGAUUUGGGGCAGGAUACUCUGCCAUGUUAGCCCAAUGCAGGUGUGACGUUGGCCAGUGACAGAAGAACGUCUUAGAAGGCAGGUGCUGGUACAGUUAAGGUAAAGGUUGUAUAAGUAUGGGAUCACAUCUCAGGUCCUGACACCAUUUAGAUAUGUGAUGGGGGAAAAUGACAGCAAAUGCUUAACAAGUUCUGGUGGACUUGAUCUACGGCAGCUCUGAAGAGCCUCCAUUUACAAUUUGUUAUCCAGCUUACUCCAUAACCUACAAAUAUACCACACUUUCUCUGACAGACUUCUGCUCUCACCAGAGCAGGAAUUAUCUUUAGUAAUAUGCUUGACUGUCUGGUCUGGCCACCUUUUCAUGCUGCAGUCAUUCACUUCCUCCUGCGUCCCUAAGCGUGACGUUGCAGUAAAACACGGGCACCACCUGCUUAACAAAUUUGAUUAGAAAAUUGUUAAUCGCUCUUCCAGUUUGAUUUCUUGCACCACCUCUCUUAUCUCAGCUGUGCAGUUAAACCUUUCUAGAGGAGAAGUAGCAAAGAAUUUGUCUGAUGACUCCUGUGAGGUGGCUUUCCUCAAAGCAGCACUUGGAAAUUCUCCUCCUGGAUCCAACAUAAUGUGUGGGCUUCCCACUUCCUCAUUCUUCACAAAGGUGAAGAUAAGGUCCAAGCCACAGCGUUGGGUAGGGAAUUUCUCCAGUGUCACCAGUGGUAUGCAACAGUCAGUCAAGAAGCUGAGUAAAAUUCUGUAUUUCUCUGCUCAGCACUGGUGAGGCCACACCUGGAGUGCUGGGUCCAGUACUGGGCUCCCCAGUACAAGAGUGGCAUGGACAUAUUGGAGAGAGCCCAACAGAGUGCCAUCAAGAUGAUGAAGGGACUGGAGAACCUCUCCUGUGAGGAGAAGCUGAGAGCUGGGGCUGCUCAGCCUGGAGGUGAGGAGGCUCAGGAAGGUCUCAUCAAUGUGUAUUAAUACCUGAAGGGUGGGUGCAAAGAGCCCAGUGGUAGGACAACAGUGAAUGGGCACAAACUAGGACACGGGAGGUUCCCUCUGACUGUCAGGAAGUGCUUCUUCGCUGUGUGGAUGAUGGAGCACUGGCACAGGUUGCCCUGAGAGGCUCUAGAGUCUCUUUAGAGAUAUUCAAAACCUGUCUGAACUUGGACAUGGGCAAUCUGCUGUAGUUGGCCCUGCUUGAAUAGGGGUUGGAUGAGGUGACCUCCAGUGGUUUCUUCCUGCCUCAGUCUUGUGAUUCUGUGAAGUGCUGCAGAGCUGCUCAAGUUCAGGGACUGCUUAACAAGCCAUGAAAAAUUGCAGAAUCCUGUUCCUGCUCCAGUGUUCAGCAGCAGUGUGCCAGUCCUUUGUACAGACUGACAAAUACACCUUUUUUUUUUUCGGUUUGUUUCAGUUCUGUGUGUCCAGUGAAAUAUACAUCAUUCUGUAUGCAGAAAUGGUUCAUCACAGAGGCUUUCAGUUUAUGUGCAACUUUGCAGGCUCUGUAUCUAGACACACUUCCAAAUAUUCCUCUGACUCAUGUUUUAAUUAGGUUUUAUUUCUUUAUCUCAAAAGGAAGAGAUGAAGAAUCUGCAUUAAAGCUUAGUCUUCUGAAUUUAUUAGAAAGCAGGCUGUAAGUGCUAAUUCUGGAUAACACUGAAAAUAGUGUAUAGUAACUGUGCAUAAAAAGCCACGGUAUAUUGUAACAUGAUUAAUUUGUAGAAACAAAUUGCUGAAAUAAGCUGACUGACACUCAAUGCCAAUAAUUACACGUAAUAACUGUGGGCAAACACAGCAUAUAGUUGCUAGAGUGUUUUCUGUUUUGCGUGAUGGCUCUAAGCAAUUCUUGCCAGAUGGGCUGAUAAUGUAAUUAGGAAUCGUUGUGUUAAAUGAGGCAGUAUUUAAAUUGGUAACUAAUUUUCCUAUCUAUUAACCAGCUUAAAAAAGAAGAACUGCUACCCAAAUGAUUUCUAGCUGCUAAUCCCUAACAAAGUAGCAUAGCACUUCUUUGCACUUUUUUUAAGCACUGUCUAGGAGAUUAUUUUCUGUAGGGCCUAGUACGUGUGGGACAAAAGAAGAAAGAAAGGGAGUUGAGACAUGUUACAGUUUCAGGAGUUCUUGGAUGGGAUGCAUUUCUACUAAGCCAGCAUAUCAUGGUAUGUGGCAGCAGCUCAAGGAGCCAGUAAUGAGAUGCUUCCAAUAUAGAAGUCUCUAAAUAUGGAUAGAAAAUGUUUUUACUUUGUGAUAGCUUACUGUGCGGCAUACUCCAUCAAGCAGAGUAGGACUAUCAGCCCUAUUUUAAGCAUAUGUGUAGGAGAAAUCAUGAAAACACAGCAGGACAAGAUUGUGAAUGGUGUAUGAAUGUUAGUAGCGUGUAACGUUCACUCUUUACUGGGAAAGAGAGAGAGGAGGAUGGAAAGAUGGGGCCCUUGGGUCAAAUAGAUAUUCCAGGGAAGGUGUGAUCAUUUGUAGUUUUCAUUGCAAUGUCUUAUGGGUCCGGCUACAUUGGACCUACUGGCUUCAUAGAAUCAUAAAAUAGCUCUGGUUGUAAAAGACCUUAAAGAUCAUCAAGUCCAACCACAAUCUAACCAUAUUACCCUAACUCUAACAACCUCUGCUAAAUCAUGGCCCUGAGCACCACAUCCAAAUGGAUUUUACACAUAUUCAGGGAUGGUGACUCAACCACUUUCCUGGGGAGCCUAUUCCAGUGCUUAACAACCCUUUCUGUAAAUAAGUUUUUCUUGAUAUCCAACCUAAACCUCCCCUGGCACAACUUGAGGCCGUUUCCCCUCGUCCUGUCACCUGUCACCACUGAGACCAACCUCUCUCUCACUAUAAGCACCUUUCAGAUAUGGGAAGAGAGCAAUAAUGUCUCCCCUCAGCCUCCUUUUCCCCAGACUAAACAGCCCCAGUUCCUUCAGUCUCUCCUCAUAGGGCAUAUUCUCCAAGCCCUUCACAAGCCUUGUUGCCCUUCUUUGCACCUGCUCCAGCACCUCAAUUUCCUUUCUGUAUUGAGGUGCCCAAAACUGAACACAGUACUCAAGGUGAGGCCUCACCAGUGCCGAGUACAGGGGCAGGAUGACUUACUUCCCUAGUCCUGCUCACCACACCAUCCUGAUAUAAGCCAGGAUGCCACUGGCUUUCCUGGCCACCUGGGCACACUGCUGGCUUAUAUUCAGCCGACUGUCCAACAGUACACUGAGGUCCCUUUCCAUCAGGCAGCUUUCCAGCCACUCCCUCCCAAGCCUGUAGGGUUGCCUGGGAUUGUUGUGGACAAAAUGCAGGACCCAACACUUGGCCCUAUUGAAACUCAUACAGUUUACCUUGGCAUCAUCAAUCCAGUCUAUCCAGGUCCCUCUGUAGUGCCUUUCUCCCCUCUGGCAGAGGGACACCAUACUGGGGUUCUGCUACAGGCCUCCUGACCAGGAAGACUAAGUGGAUAAGGCCCUCUAUAAACAAAUAUGAGCAGCUUCACGUUCACAAAACAUGGUGCUCAUGGGAGACUUCUUCCACACCAAUAUCUGUUGAAAGGACAACACAGCAGGGCACCAGCAAUCAAAAAGGCUCCUGGAAUGUAUUGAUAAUAAUUUCCUUUUCCAAGUGGUACAGGAACCCAUGAAAAAAGGUGCUGUGCUGGACCUUGUCCUCACCAGUGAGGAGGGACUGAUGAGUGAUGUGAAGCUCAAGGGCAGCCUUGACUGCAGUGACCGUAAAAUGGUAAAUUUCAAGAUCCUUAGGGUGUCAAAGAGGGUGCACAGCCAGCUUGCUACUCUGGACUUGAGGAAAGCAGACCUCGAACUCUUUGGGGAACUUCUUGGCAGGAUAACAUGGGAUAAAGCCCUAGAGGGAAGAGGGGCCCAAGAAAGCUGAUAAAUAUUCAAGGAUCAUCUCCUCCAAGCCCAGAAGCAGUGCAUCCCAAGAAAAAUGAAGGCAGGCAAGAAUGUCAGGAGGCCUCUGUGGAUUGACAAAGAGCUCCUGGACUUACUUAAGUGCAAAAAGAAAGUCUGUAGGGAGUGGAAGCAGGAACAGGUUACCUGGGAGAAACACAAAGAAGUUGUCUGAGCAGCCAGGAAUCAGGUCAAGAAAGCUAAAACCCAGACAGAAUUAAAUCUAGCUAGGGGUAUAAAGGUAAAUGAGAAGAAAUUCUACAGGUUUAUCAGGUUCAAGAUCAUCUAAAGAACCUGAAGGUGCACAUGUCCAUGGGACCCAAUGAGAUCCAUCCACAGGGUUGUGAGGGAACUUGCAGAUGAACUUGCCAAGCUGCUAUCUGUCAUAUUUGAAAGGUCAUGGCAGUGUGGGGAAAUUCCCACUGACUAGAAAAGGGGAAACAUAACCCUCAUUUUCAAGAAGAAAAAAAAAUUAAGAUGCAGGGAACUACUAUCAGUCUCACCUCCGUGCCUGGCAAGAUCAUGGAGCAGAUCCUUCUGAAGGCCCUAUUAAGGCACAUGGAAAAUAGAGAUGAGGUGAUUUUUGGUAACCAACAAGGCUUCCCCAAGGGCAAGUCAUGCCUGACAAAUUUGGUGGCCUUUUAUAAUGGAGUUAUAGCAUUAGUGGAUAAAGAAAUAGCAACUGACAUCAUCUGCCUGGACUUGUGCAAAGCGUUAGACACUGUUCCUCAUGACAUCCUUGUCACCAAAUUGGAGAAAAACAGAUUUGACGGACAGAUCACUCACUGGAUAAGGAAUUGGCUGGAUCUCAGUGUCCAGUGUGGUCAGUGUCCAGUGUCCAGUGGUCAGUGUCCAGGUGGAGACCAGUGACGAAUGGCGUCUCUUGGGGAUCAGUGCUGGUACUGGUCGUAUUUAGCAUCUUUGUAGGCAACAUGGACAGUGGGGUCAAGUGCACUCUCAGCAAGUUUGCAGACAACCCCAAGCUGAGUGGUGCAGUUGACAUACUAGAGGAAAGGGAUGCCAUCCACAGGGACCUGGACAGGCUUGAGAUGUGGGUCCCUGCCAACCUCAUUAAGUUCAACAAGGCCAAGUGCAAGGUCCUGCACCUGGGUCAAGGUAACCCCAAGCACAGAUACAGGUUGGACAGAGAAUGGCUUGGGAGCAGCCCUGAGGAGAAGGAUUUGAGGGUGUUAGUUGAUGAAAGAUUCCACAUGAGCUAGCAAUGUGUGCUUGCAGCCCAGGAGGCCAACUAUAUCCUGGGUUGCAUCAAGAGAAGUGUGACCAGCAGCAGGUAGAGGGAGGUGAUUCUGCCCCUCUACUCUGCUCUCAUGAGACCCCAUCUGGAGUACUGCAUCCAGUUCUGAGGCUCCCAACACAAGAAGGACAUGGAGCUGUUGAAGCAGGUCCAGGGGAGGGUCACAAAGAUGCUCAGAGGGCUUGAGCAGCUCUCCUGUGAGGACAGGCUAAGAGAGUUGGGACUCCUCAGCCUGGAGAACGCUCUGGGGGUACCUCAUAGUGGUCUUCCAGUACGUGAAGGGGGCCUACAAGAAAGCUGAGGAGGGACUUUUUAUAAGGGCAUGUAGUGACAGGACAAGGGGCAAUGGCAUUAAACUGGAAGAGGGUAGAUUUAGACUAGAUAUUAGGAAGAAAUUCUUUACUGUGAGGGUGGCGAGACACUGGAACAGGUUGCCCAGGGAGGUUGUGGAUGCCCCCUGCCUGGAAGCACUCAAGGCCAGACUGGAUGGGGCUUUGAGCAACCUGGUCUAGAGGGAGAUGUCCCUGCCUAUAGAAGGGGGUUGGAACUAGGUGACCCUAAGUGUCCCUUCCAACCCAAACCAUUCUGUGAUUCUAUGAAGAAUCUUCAUUGCUUGACCUGAAAGAAUCAGGUCCGUUAACUUGAAAAUUUAUACUGGAUUUUUCCACGGGCCAGUCUUUUAUUGGGAUGAAGAGGAUGGCUGUCUCAGUGUGAGUUACCCAGGGAAUCACAUCAGAGACAACAGUGCAACAAGGUUGCAGGCAAGCCCUAGGAUUCCACACCUGGCAAAGACUGUGGAUGCUGCAGAGAACUGUUUUAAAGAAAUGAGUUAUGCACCUUGCAGCCUGUGGGAUUGGUUUUGUGUGUUUUUCUGAACAUGACCAAAAACUUCUGACCUCAAACUAAAACAGGAAAGAAACACUUCCCUAAGUCUGAAUAUAGUGUACAUCAUAACAGAAGUAAGGUUUGUUCCUGCUUGGGGAUAAUGAAGUCACUUUCUGAAUGCAUGGUGCAUUUUGCAAACUGCAUGUUACUGGUCACCAGACAGUUAAGUUAGACAUAGAUAAUGCCUAGUGUUGAUGGUAUUAUAUUGACAGCACUUGCAGUAGCAGGCAGGGCAUGAGCCCGAACCACAGACAGAGGGAGCUUUGCUGAAUGAAAAAAAAGAUGACAAGAUGGAAAAAAAAAGAAAAAAAGAAAAAAAAAAACAACCUUUUUCUGAUACCAAAAUACAACAAUAUUAGGCAAUGAAAAACUUAAAAAAAAAAAAUUAAAGACAUAGUAAUGAGUUAAAUUAUUGAAGCAGUUGAGUGAGUGUAUAGUCAGUGUUCUUUGAUGCUGGUGCUGAAUCAAGCACUGGAAAGUUUGAGAGAUCCUUGAAGUAUUGACAGUGUAUUUGAUUUCCACUUGAAAUGAAUCCUUACAGCUGUUUUUUUUUUUGGCGUCCUCACCCAUUCGGAGUGGAAAACAAUGCAUGAGAUACAUGGCAUAAAGACUUCUGCCUCCCUGUUGAUGCAUUUCAGUGUUCAUUACUUUAAGUAACAGGUUUUGAGUUGUUUGGGUUUUUUUUGUUUUUGUUUUUGGUUUUUUUUUUUUGCUUUUUUUUUAAGCAGAACUUAAUGGCGUGUAGAUAGGGUGCCAGAUUUCUGUUGUAAGUUUUUCAUGGCAGAGGUGGAUGUUCCCGUCUCACUCACUCUAUACCCAGGCACCUCUGUGGAUCUCUUAUUAAUAAUCAUAGUAGUUCUGCUUCUCCAUGAAGGAUACUAUUCACGAAGUAAUAAUCUCCAGUUAUGAUAUGAGGUACAGAUUUCAUGUCUGACAGCAGUAGUAAAGGUGGCCUUUGGGGCAAAAAAAGGCUUUUAUGUUUGCUGUAUAGGUCUGAAACUGAACUUGGAAAUGAAAAAAAAAAAAAAUCCACCAAAAACACACAAUGUAAGCUUUCCUUUUGUGCCUUCCUUUCAAAGGAAAAGAGUUUUACGUCGUUUUUAAUGCUGGGCAUGUGAUAGCAGCAUUUCGGACUUUUCUACUUUGUAGCCUCAUUUAACCUGAGGGAACGGCAUGGAGCUGUGUCAGGGGAGGGGCAGCUGGGGGUUAGGGACAGGGGCUGCACCACAGGGUGGUGGGCAUGGAACGGGCUGCCCAGGGCUGUGGGCACGGCCCCCAGUACAGGAGUUCAUGAAGUGUUUGGAUACUGCUCUCAGAUGUUGGGUGCUGUGUGAAGCCCAGAAUUGGACUCAGUGAUCCUUGUGGGUCCCUUCCAAAUCAGGAUUAUUCUGUGAUUCAGCCUUGCCUCUCUGAUCUUGUCUAUCAUCUAACAGUUUCUGAAAAAAAAAAAAAAAAAAAAAAAAAAAACAUGGCAAUGGCUGAAUAAUCAGCUGUAAGAGACAGGGCAUGAUUCUUUCAAGGUGGCUGCCGUAAAUCCAGUGGACUUGCUUUGCCAGCCAAGGAGAGCUUUGAUUCUUGAUCUCUGGUGCUUUGCCAGGAGGCCAUUGAGGAGAAUGCUACCACUGCUGUUGGCUCUCCCUCAGCAUCAGCGCCUUCUUUCCCUGCAGCAGAUAGGUGAAGGGACAAGUUGAGGAGCUGUGGACUUCAGGCUUCAUUGGCAAGCAGGGUGGUGAAAUGUGAUGGCUGUCACUUCCAUCUGCUGUGAUCUGGGCCCAGCUGACCUCUGGAGAUGGAGCAGGGCAGACCUUGGGCCUUGAGAACUCUGUCUGCUGCCCUGUGACUCAUCAGAGCUGGUCUGGAAGCUGCCCAGCAGCCCUGUUACACUGGCAGAGAAUUGGCACAGAAUAACACAGACUCUGGCAGCAACAACAUGAAAAUGGCUCUUAAUGAGAUGGGGAGGCACUAAAGAAAGUUCAGAGCCAAAGGGCAGUGGGAAGAGAAGGAGCGCUCAGUCAGUUAUACCCACCCCAAAAUGAUCUGCUAAUCACUGCUGCCAUUGUGAGGACCACAAUAAAUCUGUGUCUGCCCUGGCCGCCCGCGUUUCAUUAUGCACAAACAUGCAGAUCAGGAAUGUCAACCUCAAUAGUGAUUUGUCGUGUGAGCCACAGCCACAGCAGAGUGGGCUGGGACCUGCAUGGUUAGCUGUCUUUGUUUUUUCUUUUUUCCUUUUAUUUAUUUAUUUAUUUCCUGUGGGGGUAUCAGUUUGCUUUUGGAAAUGUUGAUUCGCUCUGUCCUGUGGGCAGUAAACUUGCCCUUUUUCUCAGUGAUUUGUGAAUUCUGUGAUGUUAACAUUAUAUCCAAGGUGGAGGGGGGGGAAGAAAUAUCUUUCAUAUGUGUCAUAGUUAGUGAUUGAGCUUUUGUUUGAGGGUUUUGGUUUUUUUUUUUCCAGUCCUCCUCCAUGUACAGUGUCAUGAAUAUUACCGAGGGUAGGGCAACACCUACGUGUAUUUAUGCAGCUGAUAUACAGUGCCCAUUACUCAAACAUCACAGACUGCCUUGGUAAUGCUAAUUAAUUUAAGCCCCGCAGCACCCCUUUGAGGCAACUUUUGUUGGUCCUGAUAGAUGCAUGCAUUGUAGCUGCUCUUUGUUAUUUAUAUUUAAUAUGAUUUCUAUCCCAGAGGGGGAAAAAAAAAAAAAAAGGAAUAACUCUUACUUUCAUAGGUAGUUGACAGAAUGUUAGAUUUUAAUCUCAGCAAAACAAUGUAUGCAGUAAACUGUGGAUUUUAUUGCAAGUCAUGCCUCAAAGGUUCUCAUUUUCUUUCAAAGCCUCAGUUCCUGAAGCCAGGUGAACUUAAAUACGUCCUUUUGCUUUUAAAAGUCUGUCUAGCUUGCGUGUGAUUGCAAAAUAAAUUUUAAUGUGUUGUCUCCACUUAGUCUAAAAUCUGAGAUACAGUGAGGUAGGUAAAUAACUUGACUAAGGUUGUGGCUUUGUUUAUAUUUAUUCUUAACAUUUUUGCAUGAUUUGGACUGGGAAUGGCAAUGACAAGUGCAUGUAGUUCAGAAGAGAGUCCCACGCAUUACUAGUUGUUUCUGUGUUUGUUUUCUUCAGAUCUCUGCAGUCCCACAUUGUAUUAGCUAGAUCAAACAAGGGCAACCCGCUAUUUCCUUCCUCUCCAUGUGCAAACCAAAAAUGUUGUUAAACGUCAGCUCACACUUUCUUUUUUUACUAUGCUCAUUGUAAAAUCUAUUAAAGAAGUUUUCGGCGUGUCUUCUCUAAAUGCUUUAUCCUCCUUUGUCUUUAUGCUCCUUUCUGAACUCGAUCAUGUUUCUCCACCUCUUUUGUCAACACUAAGCUCAUUUACUGUAUCUUUCUCUCUUACCCUUCUCACAUUCGCUUUUGGUGCUCAGUCUUGAGUCUUAAGUACUGACGAGGGCUACAGAAGUGGUGGGUUCAAGUUGUAUUCAAACCACAGGCAAACCAGUCCUGAUGUCUCCCUCCUACAGGAAAAAUCUUAAUUCCUUAACACUGUUAUAGGGGCAGGUGUCUGCUAUUGCCUACAGCAUGAUUUCACAAUCAUUUGGGGGCCAAACUGAGACCAUACUGUCACCAAAGGAGUUAAAUAUUCUGGUUGACACUGGAAGCAGUAAUUUUGCUGUAGCAGGUGUGCCUGAUCCUGAUGUCACCUCCUACUUCAAUACAGAGCUGUCAAGUACAUACCAGUCGCAAGGGAUUGAAGUCACAGUUAAGUAUAGUCAAGGAAGCUGGACUGGAGUGCUGGGUACAGACGUUGUUACUAUCCCAAAGGGGAUUGAUGGCAGAUACACUAUCAACAUCGCUACCAUUCUUGAAUCGGAGAAUUUCUUCUUACCAGGGGUUAAAUGGCAUGGAAUUCUUGGUCUUGCCUAUGACACCUUAGCCAAGCCUUCAAGUUCUGUGGAGACGUUCUUUGAUUCUCUUGUGAAGCAGGCAAAGAUCCCCAACAUUUUCUCCUUGCAGAUGUGUGGUGCUGGACUGCCUGUUUCUGGAAGUGGUACCAACGGAGGUAGUCUUGUUCUAGGUGGCAUUGAACCAAGUCUCUACAAGGGUAAUAUAUGGUACACGCCUAUCAAAGAGGAGUGGUAUUAUCAGGUUGAAAUUCUCAAACUGGAGGUUGGAGGACAGAAUCUUGAAUUGGAUUGCAGAGAGUACAAUGCCGAUAAAGCAAUAGUAGACAGUGGGACCACCCUCCUCCGUCUGCCCCAGAAAGUCUUCAGCGCUGUUGUGCAAGCAAUAGCUCGCACAUCCCUGAUCCAAGAAUUCUCUUCUGGCUUCUGGUCUGGUUCACAACUUGCAUGCUGGGAUAAAACUGAAAGACCCUGGUCCUUAUUUCCCAAACUCUCUAUUUACAUGAGGGAUGAAAACUCUAGCAGGUCGUUUCGGAUCUCUAUCCUACCGCAGCUUUACAUUCAACCCAUCCUUGGAAUAGGAGAGAACUUGCAGUGCUACCGAUUUGGGAUCUCUUCCUCCACGAAUGCCUUGGUUAUUGGUGCUACGGUCAUGGAAGGCUUCUAUGUAAUCUUUGACAGAGCUCAGAGGAGGGUGGGCUUUGCAGUGAGUCCAUGUGCAGAGGUUGAUGGUUCUCCAGUGUCUGAGAUUGAAGGCCCUUUCACAACCACCGAUGUUGCAAGCAACUGUGUUUCUAGCAUAACUUUCCACGAACCAGUGUUGUGGAUUGCCUCCUAUGCUCUCAUGAGCCUAUGUGGGAUUAUCCUCCUUAUACUGAUCAUCCUGCUGCUUAUUCCACCACGAUGUCAGCAUCGCUACACUGACAAUGACGUGGUCAACGAUGAGUCCUCCUUGGUGCGACAUCGAUGGAAGUGAGAAACUUGAUGGUGAAACCUGGGACUUCAACAGAAUGAAGGACAAAGUACUUUGCCAAGGGGAAGAAGCCAAUGCCUCAGUCCUUUCUACAUCCAUUACAAAUUGCUGUGGAAAGCCCUCCAAAUACUCUGCGUCAUAACUUUUUAAGCUUUAUUUUCUAACACUGAUUCUGAACCAAAGCACUGUUAACCACCUCUUAAGUGCUACGGUACUGGAUUUGCUACUACAGUACAAUGAGCCUUUACGCUCUCAAUAGUACCUAUUUUUUUUUAAGAAAAAAAACCCUACACCAUGAUGUUCUUCCUCUAUCUGAACAAAAUUGUCCAUCCCUCUUUCAUAAAAGAAAAAAGGAGUUAUCAGAAUUUUCUAACUGAUCGAACCCUGACUGUAGAAAAAGAGAACCUUUCUUACUAAUCAUAUUAAAUGAAUACUGCAUUGUGUUUACAUCAGUUCAUUUUGAAGCUGUGCUUAUGGUGCGGGGGAAAGAGAAAGGUCAGACAAACGCAGCAGUUAAAGCAAGUGAGGUCAAUAAAAAUGGUUUGGGUUUUUGUUCCUCAAGAUGUCUGCUGCCACUUGAGGGGUCACCAUUCCCAGGUGUCACUGCAAAAUAGUUUGAGGAGGUAAAAACUGAGAAACAAACUUGUUCAGCCUUAGCGUAAAACAAGACUACCUCUCUUAGUUCACAAGGAUGCUACCACUGGUAAGCAUGUGACUUAGAACUGGUCUUAAAACACAAGACGUCCCAUGCAACCAAAUGUAAUUCCUGCACUUCUCGGUAGUUGAUAUUAGAGAAAUUAAUACUUAACUUUCCACUUCGAUGCAUAAAAGAGCUUUUCGGUUUUCUCCCUAUUGUGGGGUUUUGUGUGGUUGUUUUUUUGUUUUUGUUUUUUUUUUAAUUCAGGAUGACCGAUAUUUAGAAAAGGCUGGAUUGCAUAUGUAUAGAUACUAUAAACCUAAGGUCCACGUUCUGUUGUGUCUUUUCCUAUUUCUAGUGAGCGUGUAACAAAAAGGAAACAACAAAACGAAAAAGGCAACCCCAUUGCUUGCUGAGCUCAGCAAUGUAGAAGUUCAAGAGAAAAGUCUCCUCACGGACCGACUGUGAAGUGAAAAUCUUAAUGCUGGCUUGUUUUUAAACACGAGCAGCAGUUGGGGGUUUUAGUUUAGCUUCAUUGCUGUGACAGGCAAAUGAAAAAUUUCUGGACUGACUAUCUGAAUACAAACAUGCAGUACGACUGAAAACAAUAGUGGGAGAGAUCAGGAGAGAAUGUAUUUGACCAGACCUCCACUGUGCAAGCAUAGAUCUUAAUGCUGAGGUCAGAACACAGUAUUUUCUUUGCAGAUAGAACAAUUUUUCAUGUAUUUAGUCAGUGAGCGCUGUACCUCCCUGUCUUUUCUAGAGCAUUUGCAUAGUGAGUUCAAAAGAUAAACAGUGCAAGGUUGAACAGUCCAGUGAUAACAAGUCAUCUCUUUGAAAAAUAACAGGAAAAAAAAUAAUCCUUUGCAUUUCAAUAGCAGAGCAGUUUACAAAUCUGCGACUAAUAAGAAAGUGGUAAAAAAGGAAGCUUUGUUCAGAAUCUCCCAAUCCGUCACCCAGAAAUUUUUCUGCCUGUAAUCCCUUCCUGCAGCUUUCUGAUUCACACUGCCUUUGCUUCUGACUUUGCAGGGAAUAUGUGAAUAUUUCUUUUUUUAUUAUUUCCAGGAUGGUGCUUUUACAGAGGUGCACGUAGUAUGUGUGAAAAUAAAGCACCGUUGUUUUUUAAACUAACGUGUAUAUCACUUCAUACCUAGAAGUGCCUGUGGUUUUCUUUCCUUUUUAAUUCCUGCAUUUCCAAACUCCUUGACUGCUUAAGGUAAAAUGAUUCAUGUUUUGAUCCAGCAUCUGAAAAUGACUUACCUUAGAAUUAAGAGUUAGAAGUGGGAGGAAGUUUUGAGUUUGCCUCGUUCCUGCUCUGCCUUUUAGCUUUUAAGGGGAAAAAAAACAACUGCAAGGAACGUAAGAAAUACAGUUUAGGUAUUUUCUGCCUAAUAUGCCUUCCAUAUGUCUCUUUCUUCAUGUCUUUUUACUUUACUUCAUGUCUUUUUAAUCAGGUCCUUUAGUACACUUUGUAACAAAGCGUUGUUUCUUUGGGUUUUCCUUAUAGCAAAACACUUUGCUUCAUUUCCAGCUCCGUGAUUCAGUUCCACAUAGUCCUCCUGGGUUUGGUUUGACGCGUUAACAAACCUUUUCAAACUUGUAUUCCUUCUUGUAUAAUAUAGUAAUACAAAUAAUGCUUUUGUCACCUGUUUCAAACAGAAACGUGUUGUGCAUGUUCGGAUUGAUACAGUAGUAAACAGUGAGCCCUUUUUCAAUUCAGAAAGCACCAACAGUUGUACGCUCUCAGAAUACGUUAACUUCGGUUUCCCUCUCCCCUCCUAUCUCCUCAUCACAAGGAGUUUUAGGAAGGAAUUUAUUGGGAAAGCUUUCUGGUAUGCUUCUGAUGACAAGCUAGAGUUGUUCUGAGUUGUUUAACGAAGUCAGCGUAGAAAAUUUUAUGUAAAAGCCUUUCAGUUCUACCCUUUUGUUUUGAAUGUCAUUGGUCAAGACAUUUUAACAGAAAUACUUGAAUUACAUGAGCAAUAAUCAAGUAUGACAAAUGAAAUAGUAAUAUAUUCUUGAGUUUUCGUGGCAUCCCUUGCCACUAAAAUUUUGUUUAGUUUAUAGUAAAAUGCUGUUAGUGACAUCUGCUAGCGGCAGAAAAUUCAUCUUAGCUUGUAAAUUGAUACUUACAUUGGCAGAUAUUCAGGUGAGUAUUGCUUUGUUGCUCUGGCAACAAGAAGAGCAAUAGAAACCCUUGAGGGUUGAUUUUUAGUCUACAGCACAUUAAGAAAAAUAAUGCUCUUGAGCAUUUCUCCAUUAAAGAUGAAACACAAAGAUAGACUACAGUGUUACCAAGGAUGUCUUACCAGUUAUCGCUUCCCCAGUGUACUUUUUAAAGGAGAGUGCUGUGAGCUAUUUUAUACUCCUGUUAACUAACUUCAGAAAUCAGAUUAAAUCAUACCUGAAGAAAAAAAAAAGAAGAAAAAAAAAAGAGAAAGAAAGAAAGAAAACAACCACCAAAGCCAAAAAGCAGAGCUUUGGGUAAAGAUGGUGCUGGGAUAUAUUCUCUAUUUAUUAUGGAAGACAGGGUACUCUAAAUCACAGCACUCUAAAUCAUUCCUUGUAUACAUAUCAAUAUUUGUUGCAGAACCAGCAUUCUCCUAAUGUGAAUGUAAUAUCGUGUACCAUGAAAAUGUCAGAAAGCCAUGUUUUAUUGCAUGCAGCCUUUUAGAUAAUUGAUGCUAUCAGUUCAGUCAUUAGGGAUUUGAAGAUGCGUGAUCUGAGUACAAUAGUUAAACCUGAGUUCAGGCAUGGGAAUACAUCAGUUAUAUCCCACUGCCUUUGCAGGUUUUAGAAAUUUUAUCAUAGGCUUUUUGGCUCAAUUUAAGAGCUGAAGAAAACAUAUGAAGAAUUUUUAUAAGCUUUUAUUUUUUUUUUUUUCAGACUCAGUGACAGGAGUUAGGUACUGAGGAUUGUUCUGUUUUAAGGAUUUGUAAGUUGGACCAACGUAAAUGCAAUAUAUCAAGGCAGGGGGCCAUUCCAGUUCUCAGCUUUGGUGUUCUGCAAGGUAAUGUGUAGCAAUCACAGUACUGGCUUUGGUAUCUUGUUAACAGAUCAAUUUCUUAACACUUAACUCUUCAUCGGCUGAUAUCAAAAGAUUCUGCUCAGUUACUUGCAGCGUAUGAAUUUAUGUUUCACUGAAGUCAUUUCUAUACUAACCCUUUCCAGUCUUUUUUUUUUCAGUCUCUUAACAUAGCACUUUUUUUAAAAGACAGAGUAGUUUUUUAGUUGUCCAAUAGUCCAGAAUGCCUGAAAUGUGGAAACGUUCUUUUGCUUCCGUAGAGGUUUCUCAACAACUCUCUUGGUUGGUUGCCAUAUUCUGACCUCAACAUGAGCCUCAGAUACAUGAGCAAUAGUAGUGCCUCCUCACGAAGGAAGCUGGUACGACUGAGGUGAAAGCAAAGGAAAUAAAGGAAAGAGAAAUUAGUAGGCUACCCAUUACUCCACUUCAUUAAAAAUGUUAAGAGCAUAACUGAUUGAUCCUUUUAGGAAAGGUCUGUGCAAUCUACCAAGACAUUAGUUGCUGUCAAACUUGACUCUGAUUGACAAAUUGUUCAUUUCUGAGUGGUGGAAUUCCUGCUCCUGUUCAGCGAAGGGAAAACAGAUGGCAAUGGGAUAUAAGCACUCUUCAGAGGCGGUCAGAUCUUCUGACUUCUGGAGUCUAAUUAGACUUUAGGCUAGGCUUGUGAAUAAUCUGUAGUCCUGGUAAUUUCUUCUCAGGAACAUUACCUGAAAGAAAAUUGUUGCCUUCAGCCAUACCCCUGAAUGGGGUGAAUCCGUACUGCAAAAGGUACUGUUAAGUCUUGCACUAACUGACAGAGGGGCUAAGGUGAACUGAGGCUGGCUGGUUGUGUGAAAUGAGGAGAUGCUAAAUCAUAGAGUCUUCUGCCAGACUUUCAGAUCAAGGCUGAGGUUCCUCGGUAGAGAAGAAUAGGAAAGCAACUGCAGUUGCUGAAAAGCUGCUGUAAAUGCAACCACGCCAGCUAAUCAUCUGGCUUUUUGGUAAGAGAACACUUGUUUGAAUAUUUUGGAAAGUGCACUCUGUGGUGCCUAUUGCUGCUACUGGGAAUUAUCCACCCAUAAGUGAACAAAGGGCACGGUCAUCUUUAAGUAGGAUCAUUGGCCUGCUACUGAAUAGUCCGUUCUCCAUGUAACAAAGCACUUAGUGGUAUUUCUCACCCAUUUGUAAGUAACAAAAUGGGUUAUUUUAAAACAUGCUGACAUCAGCCACUGUACAGUCAGUUUGCUUUUUUUAUUCUGUUCACUACAUUUAGGUUUAGCUGGAUCUUAGUGGCCAUAUAGUUUUUGAAAUGUUGGAAAUUUUAGAUUAAUUGUAAAAUACAUAUGCAUAUAACAUAGAAGGUAAUUCUCAGCAUUUAAGAGCGUUCAGUAACACUAAGUGUUCUCUCAUAUUUUAGACCAACGAUAAUCGCUUCAAAUCAGUGUAUUUGAGUUUAACUUCUGUCCUGUUAAUUCACUGUCUGUGAAUCUUCUGAUUUUCUGAAAGUCUCUGACCACCACACUCACCUCUCCGAAAGAAGUUCCAAAAGACUGAAGAGCCCUGCAUCCAAAAUUCAACCUACUAACAAAAGAUACCAUUUUCUUGGCCACCAUUCACAGACCUGUUUCAAAGCCGUUUGUGAGGCUCUAGAAGUUAACUCUGGGUUGAAAAUAAUUGCAUUCAGGUGGUGGGCCUGGAAGGAGAGAAUUAGAGCCAAAACUCCACCUUUGUAAGAGAUCCCUGAACUUGACAAUGUGCAAAUAACCCCUUUGCACUUUGGGGUACAGCUCCUGGACUCUUUCACUUCUCACUUGGACAAAAGUAAGCACUGGUCUUCCUCUCUGGUUUGUACUUUUUGGUCCCAGAUUGCUUGGAAAGCACUUAGUGUAGCACUCUCCUCCCCUCCUGGACUUAUUUCCCAACAUACAGAACUGAGAUCUGUAGCUCAAGGAAUACUGCGUAACCCAUGGCAGACCUCCAGGUAAUAUGCCCUGGAAACUGCUGAUAUGUAUGCGUAUUUUUCCUUGUUCUCUGUCCUUACGAAAUACAGGAGUGGAGGGAGGACUACAAGGAGCUGUGAGAGUCAGCGCCAUUCCUUAAGCAGGUGAUGGCCCCUCAUGGAAGGCCUGACUGGUUUUGUAUUGCCACAAACUACAGUCGAUCCCUUAGUGACUUCUGGCUCUUCUUUCCGAAUAAGAAACUUCUACUUUUUCACAUUGAGUGGCUCAACUUGAUUUUACAUCGAUGCGUAGUUAGGUAAAAUACUUGAAUAAACUACAUUGUUUGUAACCAUUGUAUUCUUUUUUGGAGAGUACCUUUCCUCACAGCUAUGUCAAACCCCUGAAGGCUAUGUUUAUUCUGCAUUGUUAGAGGCUAAUCAUGUAACAAUGUUUAAAUGGCUAUGUUUGCAACAUAGGUGUCCCUUGGAAACUUCUGGGGGAAAAUAAAACAGGUUCGAGUGAGUCACACUGUGAAAUGACAAAUGAAAAUUUCUUGAUAGCACCAAGGCAUGGAUUACUGCAGUAUGUCCUGGAAAAACUGCUUCGCUUGCCAAUAAUCUCUGUGUGUAUAUAACUAUACAAGGUUGAGUUUAAAUGUGAUUUAUCUGAAUCAACUCUCAUUUUUUUAUUAAAAAAAAUAAAAUAAAUGGAAAUGUAGAAAUCUUUGACAGCUAACACUACAUCAGCUGUUAUUUGAUGAUUCCUCAGGAAGCACGGAAAGGUCUUCAUCAUCAAGGAAAUGAUUCCAGGUAGUAGAGGCAAAUUUUCACCUCAUCAAAUGAUGAGAUGUAACAUGGACCGAACAGAAAACGGGAUCAAUACUUUGAAAAAAAGCAGUACAGUCUCUUUUUUUAUUACUAUUUUUUUACAUUCAGUCUUCGGUUUAUAUUAGGAUAUCUAUCCCAAUUACUGCCAAGCCUCAUUACUGGAUUUUCCAAAAGUCGGUAUUUGGCACUUUCAGGCCUUGCCAUUUCCAGAUAAGCACUAUGUAAAAAUCAAAUUUUCCGCUGCUUAAAAUAAAUGAUUAAUUCUUUCAACUCA